AUGGGACCAGAAGUAGCGGCAUUGAGCGCCACAGCGAAACAAGCAGAGAAAUUGAAGCAAGAAGGGAAUAAAUGCUUUAAUAAAGACCGAUUUCAAGCCGCCAUCGACGCUUACACUGAGGCGAUUACACUGUGCCCUAAUGUUCCUGUUUAUUGGACGAAUCGUGCUUUAUGCCAUCGAAAACGCAAUAAUUGGACAAAAGUCGAAGAGGAUUGUCGCAAAGCUAUUCAACUCGACCACACCUCUGUCAAGUCUUCUCGAAGGAAAGCUGGAGUUUUCAUGUUCAACAUGAUCCAUAGUGUUCAAUUUCAAGGUCAUUUGGUGAAGGCUCACUAUAUGUUGGGACUUGCAUUACUUCAGAAGCAAGAGUACUCUGAUGGAGUUAAGGAGUUGGAAAAGCACAAGUUACUGGUUGAUGUUUGUUCUGCUUUCAGCAUUUGGACUUAUACGUGGAAGAAGUUUUUGAGUUAUGAGAUCAUUGAUGUGAAGGGCGUCAAAAUCAUGGUUAUAGUGGGCAAAACGCAGUCAAUUGGAGACUUGUUAGAUAAAUCCUGGCAUUUAGUGAUAUGUACUUGUCACAUAUUGUCUUUGGGUAUCUGCAUGUCAAAGAAACACGAUUGGCAGUCACUGCUAUCCUUAGCUUUGGAUCUUGGAAGGGGUGCCAACCCAAUGGGUUAUAUGGUAGAGGAGAUCUGGGAGGAGCUAGCAAAGGCGAAGUACUUGGAGUGGGAACAUGCGUCUACGAAGCGUUCAUGGGAACUACAAAGCUUGAAAGAAGCUUGUGAGAGUGCACUUGAAGAAAAACAUUUUCUUGAUGAUUCUGAAACAGAAGGAUCCCAUUUGAACCAAUUGGAGCUUCUAGGACAAGUAUUUAGGAAAGCUGCAGAAGAUGACUUACCAUCUGAGGUGCCAGAUCACUUAUGUUGUAAAAUCACCCUUGAUAUUUUUCGUGAUCCGGUCAUUACUCCGAGUGGGCUUUCAUAUGAAAGACAAGUUCUCCUUGACCAUCUUGAGAAGGUGGGUAGAUUUGAUCCAAUCACACGAGAACCUCUUGAUCCAUCACAGCUCGUUGCAAACUUAGCUAUAAAGGAAGCAGUUCACGCAUACCUGGACAAACAUGGUUGGGCUUAUAAGAUUGAAUCAGAUUGA